ACAGUUCAUGCUUGACUUCAUGUUAUAACAAACAUGGGUUUUAAGUGUAAACUAUUGUUUUUAAUUCUUGUGAUCAGUUAUUCGGUGAUAUUAACAGAAUGCUGCAGAGGUUUAGAAGAUGUCACCCUUACAAUCAAAGACAAAACGGGCAUCUGGUCGAAUCUAACAGUUUCCGCUUGCAUAGAAAGGAAAAUACUCAAUGGACUAACUGCUACUGAAAUAUAUGUAAAAAAUCAGUACCUUCCAACUUUAGGAAAAGAUUUCGUAAGGCACUUAGUAAAACUGCACACAUUAAAAUUCCAAAAUUGUUCAAUAAAGAGCAUAUUACCAGGAGCUUUCAGAAACCUACCAUCUAUAUGGCUAGUAGAAAUUUCUCACAAUCCCAAAUUGACUCUAAUACAAGGAGGUAUAUUCGAUAUUUUUGACACGAUCCACAUAUUGCGAUUAAACAAUAACAACAUCAACACGAUAACCGACGAGGCCUUGUCCAACAUGACUCUUACCGAGGUGGAUUUCAGCUACAACAAUUUCAGCGAAUUCAAUCCCGUGUGGUUCGCGUACUCCCCGCGCAUUAGGCAACUCAAUUUUAGGAACAACCGCAUCACGAAGAUUCCGAAGACAGCCUUCGAAGACAUGAUGGAGUUGGAGACUAUAGAAUUUCAGAACAACAAAAUUUACUACAUCGGUUCCGGGGCGUUCCGCAGAUUGAAAUCAUUGAAAUUAUUGAACUUAUCGAACAACCGACUCAAGUCGAUCGGCGAGAACGUUUUUCCUGGCAAGUUAACCGUGGAAACGCUGAAUAUAGCCGGGAAUUACUUGCACGAUAUCCCUACCGAACUUCUGGAGAAGCUAAUCAUAAGCGAAAUUUACUUGGACUACAAUUACUUCUUCUGCUCCUGUUACAACACGUUCAUGCGGUACUUCGCAGAAAACGAUAUUAAAGUGCGCAAAGAGGCGAAUUGUUACUCGAAUUACUUGCCUGUAUGCCUAGUGUCGGGCACAGCGUGUCAGGAACCGCCGCCCAACACCCCGGAAUCCAGAAAAAUCGAGGAAUUAUCCGAAAAAUUAAAAACAGCCUAUCGAUUAUCCCGCGACAACGAUAAAGACUUCAAAUGUACUUGAGGAAAGGACAGGAAUUAAAUUAUUAAAUGCGACUGUUUAUUUUGUUUUUAUUUUUUUAUGAUAUAUA